CACAAAUAUUCGUCGAUUCAACCUUUUUUCCCUGUAUUUCACCUCAUUCCCAAUGAACUACGAUGCUCAUAAUCAGUUAAUCACACAACAUACACGCUCACCGUCCUCGCCCUACUGAUUUUCUUCACCAAUUUCUGUAAUUCGUCCUCUUACGAAUUCAAUCUUACCAUCGUACUGACUAUUACUUAGUUGUUCAGACCAGACCGAAGAAAUGAAAGUUUCGAAAUGGUUUUUUGUAAUUAUGAUUGUUUCGUUUCUUAAACCUCAAAUCUCAUUUGGGGUUUCUGAGAUCUCGCAAGAAUUUCUCAAAUUCGCAAAGAAAAGUGAGGUUUUUGAUUGGAUGGUGGGGGUUAGGAGAAAGAUACAUGAGAAUCCAGAGCUGGGAUAUCAAGAAUUCGAGACCAGUAAAGUUAUCAGAGAAGAAUUGGAUAAAUUGGGGAUUUCUUACAAACACCCAAUUGCAGUUACCGGCGUUGUUGGAUUCCUCGGCUCCGGCGAACCUCCGUUUGUUGCUCUAAGGGCAGAUAUGGAUGCUCUUUCCAUUCAGGAAAUGGUGGAAUGGAAACACAAGAGUAAAGUUCCUGGAAAGAUGCAUGCAUGUGGUCAUGAUGGUCAUGUCACAAUGCUUCUUGGAGCAGCCAAGAUUCUCAAAAGCCAUAGCCAUCUUUUGAAGGGAACAGUAGUCCUGGUUUUUCAACCGGCGGAGGAAGGCGUGGUGGUGCAAAACAGGUGGUGGAUAGUGGUUCUCUUGAGAAUCGGUCAUCACCGGAAAAGGUGGUCAUGCCGCCAUCCCCACCACUCAAUCGACCCAAUUUUAGCAGCCUCAAAUGUGGUUGUCAGUUUACAGCAUCUCGUGUCAAGAGAAACCGAUCCUCUUGAUUCUCAGGUUGUUACGGUUGCCAAAUUUCAUGGAGGUGGUGCUUUUAAUCAACGAAUAGAGGAGGUUAUUGUAGGGCAAGCAAGUGUACAUAGGUGUAAUGCAAGUGUGACAUUUGGUUCAAAGGAUAAACCCUUCUUCCCUGCUACAAUAAACCAUGAGGGGUUACACAAAUUCUUCCAAGAAAUUGCAGGAGAUGUUCUUGGUGUUGAUAAUGUUAAAGAGAUGCUACCAUUAACAGGGCAGAGGAUUUUUCAUUCUACCAAGAGAUUAUACCUGGCGACUUUAGCUGCAAGGUACCUUGGUCAAACUCUGGAUUUGGAGAGACAUCAACAUGUUGAACUGUGA